GAAAGGGAAGGUGGUGAUGAGGGUUUGAGGGUGGGAGAGGACAAGUGAAACAAGGCAUCACAAAAGUGGAGAAGGAAGCUGCUGAGACUGCUUCAAUCAACAAAGUUACAUUUGCUUACGGGUACAAAUAGUAUUCACACGAAGACAGAUCAACGUGGAUAAGUGGCUUUCAGGACAAAAUACAGCACACUAAGCAAGAAAAGGGAGCAGUUGCAAUGGGGUCUCGUCAUUUUCCUGCCCGGACUGUCCUGUUUGAAAGGGAGACAAGCGGAGUCACAUACCGAGUGCCAGCCCUACUCCACAUCCCCUGUGUAGCCAAACUGUUGGCUUUUGCAGAGGAGCGUCUGAGCGUUGAUGAUGCUCAUGCCAACCUACUGGUGCUGAGGCGAGGCACAUUCUACAAGAACUUUGUGGAGUGGGAGGACAUGCGGGCUCUUGAAACUGCGACUCUGGCACACCACCGAUCUAUGAACCCUUGCCCCAUCUAUGAUGAGCUUACUGGCAUGGUUUUCUUGUUUUUCAUUGCUGUCCUGGGCAGGACCCCUGAAGCCUUUCAGAUCAUCACAGGCCAAAAUGCUGCCCGUCUUUGCUAUGUAUCUAGUUCCGACCAAGGCAUCAGCUGGAGCCAUGCGACUGACCUCACUCAGCAAGUUAUUGGCAGGGCCAUCAACGAUUGGGCCACUUUUGCUCUAGGCCCCGGCCAUGGCAUUCAACUCAAAUCAGGUCGCCUCCUGUUGCCUGCCUAUGCUUACCACAUUGAAUGUAGAGAGUGUUUUGGAAAGCUCUGCAAAACAACUCCACAUGCUUUCACUUUCUACAGCGACGACCAUGGACAGAGCUGGCACUAUGGUGAGUUCAUCCCAAACCUGCAGACUGUUGAGUGUCAGAUGGUAUCAGUAGAUGAGGAAGACGGAACCAAUGUGCUUUAUUGUAAUGCCAGAAGUCCUCUGGGCUUCCGGGUGCAAGCGCUCAGCACCGAUGAUGGAGCAGUGUUUCACUCAGGACAGCUAGUGCAGAGGCUUGUUGAACCCCCUCAUGGUUGCCACGGCAGCAUUAUUGGGUUCCCAGCCCCACUUUACUAUAUGCAUCACAAUUUUUGCAAAUUCCAGGGAGCAACGUGGUCAGUUAAAGGUGCAGGCUUCCAGCAGCAGUCUGAAAAUGAUGAGAGACCCCAGUCUUCUUGCAGCCCACCUACCACUUCCCUCUGCCAUCUGCCUCUAUGUGAACAACAGCAGCAGGAAAAGUUUGCAUCACCCAGAACUUGUGGUCCCCAAUGUAGUAGAUUUCUUGGUCACAUCCCCUCAUAUACAGCAGAUACCAGUCAACAACAUCAUGAUGCCAGAACCAUUUCCAAAUCAGAUAUUUAUUUCAAAAUUCCCACAUGGGUGCUGUAUUCCCACCCAACAAGCCCCAGAUCCCGCGUCAACCUGGGGGUUUACCUCAGCACAUUUCCUAGGGAAGCUGACAGCUGGUCUGAACCCUGGAUUAUUUAUGAAGGGCCCAGUGCCUACUCAGACCUGGCUUACAUUGAGCUGCCUUACUCAGACUUCUCAAUAACUGGGAUCCCAGCCAUAGCCUUUGCCUGCCUCUAUGAGAAUGGGGUGAGGUCUCCCUAUGAGCAGAUCUCUUUUAGCAUGUUUACACUGCAUGAAGUUCUUCAGAACAUUCCUCUAGCAACAUCUUCUGUGGGACUGAAGCAGUCAGCAUGUGGAAAAAAUAAAAGAAGAGGGAAGAGCUGCAUACUCUUUUAAAGCUCAGGUCUGAGGACUAAACUAGUGAGUGAACAGAUCUGAUCAGAAAGUGAUCCAGGGACUCUCUGGAGGCAUUCACACUCAUUUUUUUUGUCCUGACGAGAUGCGGAUCGUCUUGCUGAUGCAUAUUAGGUUUGUUGCUCCCAUUUUGUUUUGGGUUUGUGAAUCUCUUUGAGUCGUUGUAACCGCUGUGUUAUGCACACAUGCCAUUGUUUUGGGAUAAAAUUGAGCCACCUCCCUUCCUUUGAAUGAUACGGAGCGAUCUGAAUCAAUUUGUAAGCUUAUUCACACUGCCGUCGAUGUGGAUCAAUGCGGAUCUUUCAGGAAAAUUUGGAAAAUAACCUGGUAUCAAAAUCUCAGGUCAAGUGGAUUUCUUGCUGCCGCCACCACCUCAAACUGUAUCAAGUACAUUCAGAUGUGUGUGAACAACAAUGUUUCAACCCGAUUCAUCCUGGAUUAUUUUCAUAGUGUGAAUGGGGGUCUUAGUUUCUAUUUGAUAAUCAGCAUUGAAAGAUUGAGGAUUUUCAUAGGGAUUGCAACAAAGAGAAGGGACAUUUAAUGUUUCCUUUUUCAAUUGUAAUUCCAGCAAAAAUUAUCUGCAUCUAGUGUAGAUGUGAUUAUUAAAUGCUCCAGUGGGUGCUAAUGAGAGCCCCUCUGCCUGGCAAAAAAGCUCAUGAAUGUAUGCAGGUA